CGAAUUCAGUAUUUAAGAAGGUCGCGGACAGUCAGCUGCUCAGUCGCUAGACAACCGGUCAGACAUGUGUGGUAUUUGGGCGAUUUUCGGGCACGAUGUCGACAGUAUUACCUACUGUGAUGAUUCCUUUUGUAAAAUAAGGCACAGGGGACCUGAUGCCUGGAGGCUUCAGUUUGACAACAGAAUAAAGGAAGCAUGUAUUGGUUUCGUGAGACUGACAAUUGUGGACAGUAUAUGGGGAAUGCAACCCAUGAUACUUCAUGAAUUUCCUCAUUUGACAUUAGUUUGCAAUGGAGAACUUUACAAUUUUGGAAGGCUUGGAGAGGAAUUUGGUAUCAAAUAUGAAACUAGGUGUGAUGUUGAAUCUGUCACACAAUUAUUUGCUCGCGGAGGGAUCAAACAUGCAGUUUCUAAUUUAGAUGGAGUUUUUGGAUUUGUUCUUAUUGAUUCUAAAAACCGCAAAGUCUAUGCUGCCAGGGAUCCGUAUGGUGUGAGACCUUUGUUUAGGUUUGAGGCAAAAGGCACUGGAUUACUUGGCUUUAGUUCGGAAGGCAAAGGCUUGAUUGGAUUGAAGAGACUGGUUAAAGAUAAAUUGAAAAAUGGAUUUUGUGACAAAUGGUCUUUAAAACAGUUCCCACCUGGACACUUUGUUGAGUAUGACAUUUUGUCUGAUGGAAAAGUAAAAUUAGUUAAGGAAGAAAGGUAUUAUACCAUUGGAAGCAGGCCUAUUUUUCGUCCUUUUGUAUCUUAUACAGAUCUUAAAAAUGAUGUCCAUGCAAACAUUCGACUGCUGUUGACGGAAGCAGUUAGAAAGAGAUUAAUGUCGGAAAGAAGGAUUGGCUGCCUGCUCAGCGGUGGUCUUGACUCAAGCUUAAUUGCAGCAUUACUUAUGAAACUUGCAAAAGAAGAAGGUCUGGAAUAUAAAAUUCAGACCUUUGCUGUUGGAAUGGGCACCUCACCAGAUAUCGUAGCUGCUCGACAAGUUGCGAAACACAUAGGUUCUGACCACCAUGAAGUUAUUUUUACUGAGGAAACUGUAAAAGAUGUUUUGGAUAACGUUAUUUAUCAUCUUGAAACUUGUGAUAUCACAACAAUCAGAGCUUCAGUUGGUAUGUACAUUUUGUCAGAGUACAUUAAACAGAAAACAGAUUCAACUGUUAUUUUCAGUGGUGAAGGUUCGGACGAAUUAUCACAGGGAUAUAUCUAUUUUCGAAAAGCACCUACUCUUGAGGCAGGUAAUGAAGAAUCACUGCGACUUCUAAAUGAUAUUUAUCUUUAUGAUGGACUUCGUGCUGAUCGAACAACAUCUGCUCAUAGCUUAGAGCUCCGUGUUCCAUUCCUUGACCUACAGUUUUCAAGUUAUUACCUCAGCCUUCCAGCUGAAAUGCGCCAACCUAUUGAUGGAGUUGAAAAGCACCUCUUGAGGUCAGCAUUUUCUGGUAUAGACCUUCUUCCUAAUAACAUCUUAUGGAGGCAUAAAGAGGCAUUCAGCGAUGGUGUCGCAUCGGUUAAAAAAUCUUUGUUCGAAGUUAUUCAAGACAUAAUAGAUCCAUUUGUUACACAAGAGCAACUUGAUAAUGCUUCAAAACUAUUUCCCCAUAUCACACCUACUACUAAGGAAUCUUAUUAUUACAGGAUGAUAUUCGAAAAGCAUUUUCCUGGACAAGCACCUAAUCUGACUCCUUACUUUUGGAUGCCUAAAUGGACUAAUGUUAAAGAUCCAUCAGCGAGAUUUCUAGAUGAUUACAAACCUGAGGAAUGAAUUUUUACUUCAAUGUAGACCAAAUUCAAAUUAUAUUUGUUGAUCAUUCUGAAUUUCUAUUUCGAAAUUUGGAGAUAUGACUUGCAAUGGAACUAUGUUUCAUUAUUUAAUUUAAAAGUUUGGACUUUUUUUAAGUCCGUUUCCUUUAUUUAUAUUUUUGUAAAUAUUUUAUAGCUAUAAAAUAGCAAUUGUUCCUUUAUAUAGUUUUUAUAAUGAUAAAGAAAGUAGGAUUUUAU